AUGGAACAAGAAUUCUAUGAUAGCUUGCAAAAAUGCUUUAACCAAACCAAGAACUCUAGGUCUUGGCAGUGAAUUGACUUAAUAGCUUGGCUUCAAGGUGCUAACUCAUUUACUUUAAAUUUAAUAAAGCUCUCCAAUUUAAAGGUAAUUAAAUAUCGGUUUUUCUUGUUAAUAGCCCAUAAUAUCAUGAUUUGCCCAUUGGGGUAUUUUUGGUCUGACAUAAAUUUAUCAAUUCUAUGUGAUAAAAAAAUUAAGCCCCAUGGGCAAAUCAUUGCCUUAUGGAGGCUAUUCAUGGGAAAAGCCGAUAUAUUUUAAAAAAAAUAAUAAAAAUUUUUUUAUAUUAGUUUCUUAAAUUUAUCAAUUCAAAGUGCUAUCUUUGCUUAAAUUUUCCUAAAAUAGAAUAAAUUGCAGGUAAAUUUUAGACUUUUAGGGUUUAAAUAGGGAAUUAAAGUCAUUGCAUAGAAAUAAAUUAUUUUUUUAACUUAUAAAAUAAAAAUUUUGUUCCAAUCUAAAGUUAGGUGAAUUACCUAAAAAAUGGAUAAUUUGUUUCAAUUUAAAGGGGAAGAGCAAGAAAAUUAUAGAAGCACAUAAAGACCAAAGAUUUCCGACAGGGAUCUUGCACCAAUACUCUAAGUUUCUAUCUCAGUGCCUUAUGCCAAAUCAGUCUGAAGAAGUGCAUAAACUCACUUUAAGCAUUUAUAAGCACAUUUUCCAUGAGAUCCCUCUGCACCAAUAUCAUAUAUUAUCAGCUGGAUUUUUUCCUUUCUUCCAAUUCGCCUCAGCAAGCUGCAAAAACAAAUUUAUGCAAAUAAUAGAAAGCGUAUUUUUGCCAGAAAUAAGCAAUCUGAAACAUAUCUUUUUCGACCUAAUCAGCUGCUUGCUCUCAGGUUCUGUUAAAUUACCCAAAGUUUUCCAAAGGGUCAGCCAGACUUUGGACAUCCUAGCCGUUAAAAUGAAGCAAGACUUGUAUGGCUCCAUCUGGCUUAUUGUAUUAAAAUCAUCAAAAUCUCGGUCAGCUGCCCUGCAGUUUUUGCAUUCUAGAUUUGACAUGGAAUCCUGCGAAAAGGAGUUAAUGAUAAAAGCUUUGGCUGAGGCAAUUGAAGAUAAAGAUAAAGAAGUAAAACGAAGUGUCUUAAAUUUAAUUCGCAGAAUUUAUCCACUGGAAAGCGAUAACUAUAUAUAUCCAGAACUAAAAAUUUUAGUAAAAUCGGUGCUGAGACAAACGAAAAUGAAUGGCGAUUUUAUUGUGAGGAUAAGCGAAUGGCUGUGCUCAAAUGAUUUUGAAGAUGAAAUUGAUGCUGAAAAAGCAGAUUUUUUGGCUGCUUGUGUCAGAGAGAUUUUUAAAGAGAAUUUAGAAAUUAUUAAGAAAAAUGAAAAUUCAAUUAGUGCUAAAAAUUGCACAGUUGAUUUAUUGGAAUAUAUUUAUAAUACAAAGCCUAUCAAGACACCAGUUCUUGAUAGGAUUUCUUUAGAUAUUGUUACUUAUUUCUAUAGAUUAAAAGCAGGGAUACAUGGAAAGGCAUUAAAUGUUACCAGAAAUUUGAAUCAUAUGGUAUUUUGGGAAUUAUUUUUUUCUUUGUUUGAAAAUAAUAUAAGGCUGCAUUCACAAAAAGUCCUAAUUUCUACUUGGCGAGCAAGCAAGUUUUUUUAAUUAAAAAUAUUAUUUAAAGAGUAAUUUAGAUUUAUUUACGAGAUGUGCUUAUUAUCUCUGCAUAUGCGACACUUCUCGGGUGCUGCUUGCAAAAUGUAUAAAAUAAUGUUUCUUGACCAAGGCCACUAAUCAUUGGAAUAGUUCUGAGCUUUUUGCUUUAAGGCUAGCCCAGCCUUUCGGGGCUUCUUGCAACUAAAAGACUAUCCGAUACAUAGAGGAUGUGUUGCUAGCACAAACAAUUUGAUUUUUAUAUUAAAAUAUUGCUUUUUUGGAGCUAAAUAAUUCAUCUAGAUUCAAAGCUUCUAAAUUAGCAUACUUAAUUGAGGAACUCAUUAUUUUAAUAAUUAAUUAUAUUUCAAAAUCUUAUACAAAGACUAUUAUAUUAAAAUAAUGUUUUACUUUCUAAAAAGAAGAGUUUUUUCUAAUAAUUUGCUAUCUCGUUAAAGUAGGGUAAGGAUUCUUCGAUUUUCUAUGAGUUAUAUAGAAUGCAACUCUGAAAUCAUAAACGUCAUAAUUGAAAAAUUAUUAGCAAUUUGUAUUGAGUCGCCAGAGUUUAUUGAAAUUUUAAUUGAUGAUAUUGAAAUCUUAUCAAAUAACAAUGAAUUUACUAAUAAAUCUAUUGCAAAUUUAUCAUUUUACUUAUUUAUGAACACGCUAACUGAUCAAAAAUACAAUCUACAAAUAAUUGAAAAAAUUAAAUCAAUUUUGGUCAGAUUUCAUGGAAUUGGAGCGGAUUUUCAUGAGCAUCUUCCACAGCUGUAUAAUCUUAAGCCAAGAUCAACUGAAAUUUUGCUUCUUGUCUAUAAUGCAUUGAUCGAUUUAAAAGGUGAAAUCCUUUCAAUUCCUCAAUUAAUACAACUAUGGACUCUAAUAGAAACAAAGCAUAAAGAAACAGCCUGCAAUUUAUUAAUUGAAUAUAGUAAAAUUAGUGAAAAAGUAUGGCUAGAGGCUCUUAUAUCUCUUCUCCAAAAGCCAAAUACAGCAAAAGGUCUUAGGAUAUUUAUCGAAUUUUGAAAGAUUUCUUCAGAAAAUCAUAUGGAAGCUCUUUCAAGUGUACUGGGAAACGGAGAAGUUGUCUUCUUUAUAAUUGAAUGUCUAAACGAUGAAAGCCCACUUAUAAGACACUUAGCAAAAGAAUGGGUUUUUUCAUCAGACAAAGUAAUUCCAUUUACUAUGGACCCUAUUCUCGCUAUAAUUUUCAGUCAAGCAUCAAGCCAAUAUUUAAGUUGUGAUUCUCUUGAUAAAUGCGAGUCUGAAAAUAUUGAAAAAUUCAUUAAAUCUUUUAAAACUCUCCAAGGGAUUUCCAAAAUUGGUGGGAAAAAUAUUUGAAGUGAAAUUAAUGCACAAGACCUCAGCGAAAAAGCCUUAUCGUUAGAGAGCUCCCCUUUGUUCCAAAGAAUUACUUAUGGAGAUCUCAUUGUAUUGAGGUGUUUUGAAUUUAUGGAAAAUAUGAAUUUGGACGUGGAGAAACUUAACUGGGCUAUCUGCAAUGCCCUUGAAGAGAUUUCAGACUACAUGAACCCUGAGCUUGCUUUUCGUGGGCUGACUUGCUGUGCAAAUGUAUUGAUAAGGGCUUUAGGAGUUGAGGCCAGCUCAGUUCAAAUUUAUAUGCUAAUUUUGAUGAAAAAAUUCAUAAAAUUGACCAAAAAAGCACCAAAUCCUUAUGAAUUUAGGACUAUUUUAAAUAGUGAACUUUUAUGGGCCUGUCUUUGUAGAGGUCCUCUUACAAGUGAUAAAAAUUUAAGAUCCUACUGGCUUCAUUUCAUUAAAAAAAUUCCAGGGCUAUCAAUUUUAUAUUUAGAUGGCUCCAAUUUGCACCAAACAAUGGCAAAUCUAAUUAGGCUGUCUUGCCAGCUCGCCGAAAAAUAUAGAGACGAAAAUGUCAUUUUGCUUACUCCCCCCUCAGUGAGCGAACAAAACAAUUAGAAAAUCCCUAUUUUUUGCCCAAAAACCCACUCUCCGUGAGCUAACAAAAAUAAUUUUAAUACAAAAAUAUUUUAUGAUAUAAAUUUUUAAAAAAAAAAUAUUAACCCUCCGUUAGCGAACAAAAAAAUCUUGUUCACGGAGGGGGGAGAGUUAUAAAAAAAGUACUCCAUAGCUCUCUUAAUAUAAAAAAUCUAAAUGUAAAUGAAAAAAUUCCAGCCUUGAUGACUAUGGUUUUUAAAGACCUAGAAAACUAUUUAAAACUGUGCAUAAAACUUUAUAAUAACCCAAAGAAUAAUUAUGAUUUAAAAUAUCAUGCUCAAAUAGCAAAAAUUUUUGACCCAAUAAUGGAUAAGUAUCCAUUUGAACUAACGAAAGGAAUUGCAAUAAUUUGAAUUAAAUUUUGUCUGAGUGCACAGGAAUCUAAAAAUUUUGUCUAUAUAGUCCGAUUGAUUCAGUCUUUCAGAAUGGACAUAGAUUUGGUUUUUGAUAAUAUUUUUGCUUAUUUUCAGAAAGAGUACUUGCUGAUUCCAGAUUCAACGAGCACAGAUGGCCGGGAACUGUGUGUCGCUCACUUCCUGAACUCUUUGUUCUUGAAUUUUGACUCUCUGAAGAUCUCAAUUAAAACUCAACAAAAUUUCUGAAUAAAAUGCCUAAAAGUAUUAAAAUUACUAACUUUAUUCCAUAAUUAAGCAAUAAUAAAAUUUAAAAAAUGCACAAAAAACACACCCAAAAUAACAAUAAUUACAAAGAGAUUAAGUUUUUCUCGAUGAGAAGAAAUGGGUAUCUUCAUAGUCAACAUUUUAUAUAUAUUGAAAUCAAGAGUGCACACUAUGAAUUUAUAUACAAACCCUCGUCUAGUAAAAGAGCUCCAUUGCAUUGUGCAAAAGGUUUUCAGUCAAGCUCUAUCUAUUUGCAAUGCCUGAGCAAGAGAUGCUUAUCACAUGCCAUAUCCAGGCUUUGAAGAAGAUGGAGACAAGAAAUUGUUUAAAAUUUUCAUGAAAACAUUAAUGGACAAAGGCUACGAAAUUGUAUGCCUUGCCUAUCCUGAUGAACUGUCUGCAAAAAUAAGGGCUGACUGCUUAGCCAAUGUAUGUCUGCGAAUGAUUGCUUUGAUGCCUGAAGCGACCCUAUCAGUUGAUUUAGCUUCUGAAUUAAUUUUGGCAUUUCUAAAUAAAGAAGGUGCAAAUCUUGGAAAAAUCAUUGGAAAAGAAGUAAUUAAUUUUAUUAUCAAUCCUAAGUUCUUCGAAGUCUGUCGCCGAUUUCCAAGCAGCUUAGAAACAUGAUCCAAAAUUAUAAUUUUAACAUCUUUGCUUGUAUACCCAAGCCAUGAAAAAACUCUUGAAAAUAUAACGUUUAGGAUAGCCAGCGAUACUUGGAGUUUAUUCGCAAAUCCGACAAGAAAAAUCGGGUAUGUAAUAAAAAAUAUUGCGUUUUUAAUGUAUAGUGGAGCUAAAGACGACUAUUUUCUCGCUAUCGAUUCAAUUGCUAAAUAUCUAGCAACUGCGAUGGAGGAUGAAAAAUACUAUGAAGUUAGCUUUUUACUAAUUAGGGUUGCCUUUUCUAGGUUUACUGAUGAUAACAAAAUGCAGUUUUGGGUAAAAAUUUAUCCUAGGCUUUAUAUUGCGUUAUUUUCUAUCCUCAAAAGUUCCAGCCCUAUCAAUAUUUUGGCAGCCUUAAAGCUAUUAGAAUGCUUACUCUCCCCCUCUGUGAGUGAUCAAAAAAAAUUCUGUUAGCUCUAUAGGAGGGUUGAUUUGUUUUUAAAAAAUUUAUAUAUAAAUUUUUAUAGUUAAUUUCUUUUUAGGAAAUAUAAAAAAAUCCAAUUCGCAAAAUUGGGAAAACAAAUUUAAUUUGUACAAUUUAUGUUUUAAAAAAGCAAUUUGUUCAAAAUAAAACAGAAUUGGCUCGAGAUUUCAUUAUAAUAAUUAUCACUUAUAUAUAAAAAUAUUUUUUCAUACAAAUUUUUAUAUUUAAAAUUUUUUGUUCCUCACGGAAUUAGAUUUUUGCGGUAAAACAAUAGGGAAUUUUCCAAUGGUUUUGUUCGAUAGCUAAGGGGGGAGUUAGUAAUCUCUCGAAUAUUCAGCUUCCAAACUAUUCAAUGAGCGUUUAUUCUUGAUGUUAAUAAAGUCAGCAGGGGUGGCCAAAUGGACAAAUUUAUCCCUCUGAUAGCUGAAAAUGUAUUAUUUUUAAAAGAUAUAAAAGUCAGUUCAGACAAAAAUAAUAGGGAAAAUACUAGAAAUGUGAUGAAGAGAAAAUUAAAAUUAUGACAAGCCAAAAUUGAUGAUUUAGAAAAUGGACUAGAGGACGUAAAAGAAUAUGCAAAAGUAUUUAUAGAAGACUGUAUGAUGUACAAUUGCUCACUUUGGGAUGCUGAUAUACAAUCCUUGGAUGAUGGAAUUGCAUUUGAUCUAUUAAAUAUACAGCUUGAAAACAAUUAA